GCGCCUGAGACCUCCUAAAUCAUGGCCUUCGUGGACUACAAGGAGCGCUCCCAGCGUUUUCUGGGAGGGCCCUGGUCAGCUUCCUGCCCACAGCAUCGCAGAGCCGCGGCCGGACACGCACAGCGGCCACCCCACCCGAGACCGGGAGGCCUGGGAGGAAGUGUGCCACGCCGAGCUGAACGCCAUCAUGAACAAGAACUCGGCCGACGUGAAGGGCUGCACCAUCUACGUGGCCUUGUUCCCGUGUAACGAAUGCGCGAAGCUCAUCAUCCAGGCAGGUAUCAAAGAAGUUAUAUUCAUGUCUGAUAAGUACCAUGAUAGCGAGGAGUCCACCGCCGCCAGGCUCAUGUUUGAUAUGGCUGGGGUCGCCUUCAGGAAAUUCACACCCAAGUGCAGCAAGAUUGUCAUUGACUUUGAUUCCAUCAACAGCAGGCCCAGCCAGAAGCUUCAGUGAGUCAGGUCCCAUUAAACCGCCGGGAGGUGGGGAUUUCCCUCCCCCAGGGACCGGAGCGCCUUUCAUCUGCAAGUUACACGCGCCUUCCCACCGGGCAGCACACCGAGACGCACAGCUAAUCCACGCACAGCCUCAUCUCCCCGACGCUCUCUCCCGUCGCACGGAAUCUGCUUCUGACUAAGCUAUUGAUUUAGGGUUAAGAUAAAGGGGCCUGUGCCCGGCCCGUCUCGAGGGGCUGGCAUGGGGUGCCUUCCCCUUUGCGUGCCGGUUUGCCGGGGUGCAGGGGAGUGUCCCCACGCGCGCUGUCACCCACCGCACGUCACAGCUGCUGCACGCGGCUGCCUGUGCUCGGUGGACAAAUAACCAUCGUGUCCCUCGCGGGAAGAGCCGGCGCGCUGAUGGGAACAUCUGGCCCCAGUGAAGCAGAACGUGUAGUGCCCUUGGAAACGAAUGGAGGGCCCACACGGCAGCGGCCUUAAGCUGUGCGCUUUAGAGUCGAGGGGCGCCCCCACCCGCCGGUCUCACGGUGGUGGCGGAGCUGAGUUCUGGACACUUUCUCUGCUUUUGCUGUCCUGCUCCCCACAGGGGAGUGGCUUCCUGUCCCCCUGCGGGUGGGGACUCCUGUGUUUUUAUGUCUCAUUUUUGGUUUGUGGGUCACAUAUUACUUAGUUGUUCCCAAGCAGACAGCUCAUCCUGUUGCCCCCAAGACCCCAUCCUGCUGUGGGGGUGGGGACUGUGUGGAUGGGCAGCCAUCAUGGGUCAUUCCCAAGGCCACUCCCAAGGCCACUCCCAAGGCCACUCCCAAGGUCACUCCCAGGGCCACUCCCAGGGCCACUCCCAAAGCCACUCCCAGGGCCACUCCCAAAGCCACUCCCAAGGUCACUCCUAAGGCCAAUCCCAAGGUCACUCCCAAGGUCACUCCCAAGGCCACUCCCAAAGCCACUCCUAAGGCCACUCUCAAGGCCACACCACAGCCUGGGAGUAAAGGAUUCCUAACCUGUAAGUGAGAUGUGCAGAGAUCCAGGUGCCUCCAGGCGGUUUUCACCAGAUCUGGUGACGGGCCUGGGCCUCCUCUGCUCGCUCCCGGCUCCCGGCUCUGCACCUUCCUCCUGGGACACUAAUCGCACCUUCCUGUCGCUGUGAGGGGUGGGGGAUGUGUGGCUGGCUGGACACCUGUCUUUAAUCCCACUCAGUUUUUAUUAAAUGUGCUCAGUCCCUUUGUUGAGAAAGUGGUUUCUUUAUCCUAAAGAUUAUGACUGAUUUUAAAGGGCUCUUAUAUUUUUAUGAGUUUUUAUUUUGUCUCUGAGGUUUUGUACUCUGUAUUCCGGGGCAUUUUGUAAUUUGGCUCCUUACCAACGUUAUUAGAAUCUUAUUAAAACCUACCCCAGCGAAGGA